CUGCUUUAAUCCCACAAUACAAUCUGGCUACUGUUAUGGCUUCUCAGACUCUAACACAGACAAUCAUCCCUAAGUUAUCCCUGGAAGGGAUCGAUGAGAAUAACAAGAACACACCAACAUGGCUGAAAGCCCUCCACACCAAAGGCUGGACCAUUGUCCCCGGGGUGCUCACCCACGAAAAAGCCGCGUACUACGCCGAUAAAUGCUACGAUUGGCUGGAGGGUUGGGGCCUCGGGUAUAACCGUCACGAUCCCUCCACGCAUAAGUCAACAUACCUUCCCUGGCAUACUCGUGGUGGGCUGUAUAAUCGAUAUGGCAUCGCCCACGAACAGUUCGUAUGGGAUUUGAAAUCGGAGCCUGCGCUUGUGGAAGCGUUUGCGCAGCUUUGGGGGACGGAUGAGUUGGUUGUUUCUUAUGACGGCCUCAACCUCUCCAUCCCUGAACCCGACCGAGCACCUACAGACCCCAUCUUCGCCCCCUGGCCCCACGUCGACCAAUCUCCCUACCGAACACAUCUCCAAUGCGUCCAGGGUGUCCUGAACCUCCUCCCCAAUGGGCCUCAAGAUGGUGGUCUGACGGUCCUCGAGGGCUCGAACGCCCUGUACACACAACUAUGGCAGCACUUUGAUCACAAGAAGGGCGAAAACGGGUGGAAUAAAAUCGAACAGCAGGUCCUGGACGAGGAAAUGAGCCAGUGGCUUGAGCAACAGGGCUGCAAAUGGGUCAAGGUGUGCUGUGAGCCGGGUGAUUUGUUACUUUGGGAUUCGAGAACGGUCCACUACGGCUCCGUCCCGUCUUCUACUAACGAUCGCUUCGCAGCUUACGUCUGCUACAAACCAUCGAUCUUUGUCCCUGAACACGCACGAACUGAGCGCAUCGAAGCCUUCAACAAGAAGAAUGGAACGGCUCAUGACCCGGCCAUUGUGCGGGUUACGCAACGGCUUCCGCCCGAAGAUCAUCCGGCUCAUGCGGAGGCACUGAAGCGGCCGAUUCAGGAACCUGUGUUGUCAAAGAGAGGGAGGCAGUUGGCUGGGUUGGAACCGUAUUAAACUGGCAUUAGUUGUUCUGUUCUUGGGACGGACUUCUAUGUGUUCCUGGUUAUCUGGUCAUACUAGCAAGGAUUCCCCCCCCUAAAUACUAAGGAGGUAACUU